AUGAAGCAUCUCAGAGACAUCAUCCUCCACAGCUGCUUCCUCCUCCUCUCGCUUCGUGUCCCAGAGAUAUCUUCUUUCACUUUUCUGAAUCAGUCAACGUCGAUCGUGGCUUUGGUGAAUUCCCAUGUGGAGAUAAGUUGCUCCAUGAAAAACCACGCGAUCGACCAGCUCGGCGUGUUUUGGUAUCGAGAAACUAACAAGACUGCAAACAUGGAGUUUAUCGUGUUCGCUACAGUGCUGAACAAACAUACCUAUAACCAUGAUUUCGUCCAAGAGCGUUUCUCGGUGGCGCGGGAUUACUUCCACCGCGUGUUCACCCUGAAGAUAAAGCAGGUGCAGCUCUCAGACAGUGGCGUUUAUUACUGUAUGGUACAAAAGGCAGCACAGAUUUUCUUCGGCAGUGGAACGACCUUACAAAUUGUUUCUGUGUUGCCAACGGUUACGCCAACCCAAGGUACAACUUCAAAGCGGCUAAACGAACGUCAAGGGAAGUCUCGUGUCCCCAAAUCCAAUGAACAAGGCAUUAAAUGCAGUCCGGUAAUCUGGGGGUCCCUGGCAGGCGGAGCUUUGCUUCUUACCGUUUUCCUGGUUGCUUGUAUUUUACAUACAUAUCGUGUCUACAGAAGAUCCCGUCUGUUCUUCAGGAAGCACUCUCCAAACUAAGAAGUAAAUUUUCUGUGCCUUGUUCAAGAGAUUAAGGAAUUACAGAGAGGACAUUUCAGCCAAAGAGCAAACAGGAACAUGGACCUGGCUAUGGACUAUAUCAUCAUUUAUGUACUCAUAAUUUGCGCCAGUU